AUGCCUUCACUGAGGAAAAUUAAUCAGGUCCUCCUUGCGAUGCUGGUGCUGCUGCUGUGUUUGCUUCUUCACAGUACACUAAAGAGAGCAUCCAGUCGACCCAAACCAGAUCACAGGAAGAACCAUGGCGAUGCAGCACAAAGCCCCUCAAGUGGACAGUCAGAGCAUGGUAACAUCAUUCCUAUUGUUACCUGUGCAUCAGAAGAGCGGAUGGGUGCAACCAUGGCAACGAUCAACAGCAUCAUUAGCAAUACUGAUGCCAGUGUUUUCUUUUACAUCGUAACCCUUCGUGAUGCUGUCAAACUUGCAAGAAGGUACAUAGAGAGAAGCAAACUUAAAGGUAUUCAGUAUAAAAUUUUGGAGUUUAACUCGAUGGUUCUACAAGGAAAGGUGAAACCAGAUUCUUCCCGUCCCGAACUCCUACAUCCACUCAACUUUGUACGUUUUUACCUUCCUUUGCUGGGCAUCAGCCACGAGAGAGUGGUAUACUUAGACGACGAUAUCAUUGUCCAAGGUGACAUUAAGAAUUUGUAUAACAUAAAACUGAAAGCGGGACAUGCUGCUGCUUUUGCUACCGACUGUGACCUGCCUGCCACACAUGAGAUGGUUCGAAGCAUCGGCAUGCAGACAACUUACAUGGGCUUCCUGGACUACAGGAAACAAGAAGUCAAAGACCUGGGCAUCAACCCCAACGACUGCUCUUUCAACCCUGGAGUGUUUGUAGCAGAUGUCAAAGAAUGGAAGAAACAAAAGGUCACCAAACAGCUCGAGAAAUGGAUGGAGGAGAAUGUCAGGAAGAACAUUUACAGCAGUGCCAUGGCUGGAGGUGUGGCGACUCCACCUAUGCUUAUAGUUUUUCAUGACAAAUACACAACACUGAACCCUCUGUGGCACGUCAGACACCUGGGAUGGAGUCCAGAUGCCCGUUAUUCAGAGAACGUUCUACAGGAGGCACACUUGCUGCAUUGGAACGGACCAUUCAAACCAUGGAGCUAUCCUGCUGUUCACUGGGAGUUGUGGGAGAAGUGGUUUAUACCAGACCCAUCUAGAAGAUUCACUCUGACAAGACCUGAUGGAGACAACUGA